UCACGCUCCGCCAUCGCCCGCCCUUGCCUAAUGCGGUGCUUAGCAACAGCGCGCACGUCACCAGUACCCCCCUCCCCUCCCGUCGUCCGCGCCAGAUUGCGUAUUAUGGGAUGUGCGGAAUUAAGCAGCCCGAGGAGGACGCGGGCUAGCGGGCGCAAAUAAGACCUCGGCGCCGUGGGCGAUUGCGAGCGAGCGUCAUGGAGCUGUCUGCCGUCGGGGAGAGCGUUUUUGCCGCCGAGUCCAUCAUCAAGCGACGGAUCAGACGGGGUCGUUGGGAAUAUCUGGUGAAAUGGAAGGGCUGGUCUCACAAGUACAGUACAUGGGAGCCAGAGGAGAACAUCUUGGAUGAGCGCCUGCUGGCAGCUUUUGAGGAGAGGGAACGUGAGAGAGAGCUUUUUGGGCCCAAAAAGCGAGGACCCAAGCCUGAGACAUUUCUGUUGAAGGCCAAAGCUCGGGAGAAAACAUAUGAAUUUAGACGAGAUCCAGUCCGACCCAUCCAGGUAUCCUAUCCGGUCCCAGAGCCCAUCAAAACACCGAGGGCACGGGAAGGUUUGCGCGCUGUGGUCCCCACCAUUUUCCCCCCAAGCGCCGUCAACCGAGGGGAGAGCGUCGUCAGCCAAGCACUAGAACCAGAAAGAAGGCCCAGAUCAGCAACAAGUUCCCACCAAGAGUCAAGUCCAAAAAAGAGAGGACGCAAGCCCAAAUUGCGUCACAGUUACGAGCAGGAUGACGAUGAAAGCGCAGAACCUGCCCCCAAAAUGUCGAGAUGCUUACCUCAUGACAGGACAGCUUCUGACCCCAGCCUGGCCCAGCUGACCAGAAGGUUCCAGGAGGAGACCACAAUUUCGCCCAGAUCCAGCAGUGACCACAUGGGCAUGGCCUACACUCGUACUGACCUAGGAGGCAGGACUCAUUACAUGGCGCUUCUGAAGCACCGUGACAAAUACAGGAACCUGCCGAUAAUUACGGGAGAAGAACUCGGGGUAGUGUGUCCCCCCACAGCCUCUGGCUCUUCGUGGAACCCUCGCUUCACCAACAUGGACACCGUGACCGUCACGGACGUCACCAUGAACCUGCUCACCGUCACCGUCAGAGAGAACUACACCGACAAAGGUUUUUUUCGAGGGAAAAGAUGAGAAACACAGAUGAGGUGCAUCAGAAAAGUUCCAGGACUGGCGUCGCAAACCAUUUGAAGUGCUGUCUUGACUUACGAGUAGCCAGACCAACAAGUUUUUCAAGAUACGAGCCGUCAUCAGGACGAUCUUUUGCCUUGACUUCUGAGCAAAAACUUGAGACGAGUACUCAACUCACCUCACACCAAGCAGCAGUUAGGCAGAUAAUGAAGGAUUCUUCAAAAAAGAGGCCACUGCAUGUGGAUUUAAGAACAAUCACACAGCUUUGAUUUCGGAAAGUCGGUUUAGCUUAAUGCUAACAGUGCAAAACACCUUAGACCGGCUAACGGAACUAGCAUCAAUAUUGUGAUAGUUCUGAACCUUUUAAGCAGUGACAUUUGAACUCAAGUAGUGCAUCAACACAUGUAAACAGACAAUAUAGCAAAAGUAACAGGCAUAAGCUCUUUAUCCUCUGCAAAGAAUGACUACUAUUUUUGCAUCUUAUAAGUCACUUGAAGUCGUCGCGACACCUCACCCCUGUCCCCUUGCUGGUUUUGUAUUUGAAAUCUCUUGUUUGCUACACUAGUCCUGGAGCUUUUUGGACACACUUCGGAAGUCACAUGGGUCACUUUAUUAGGGACAGCUGGGAGGCACAAUUUAGAUUGACACUGACAGCAGUACUAUCGUGGUUAUACAACUGUAUCCUGUUCCUAUUAAUUGGAAUGAGGAAGUCAGCCUCUAAAUUCUCAGUUUGACAUGACCACUGCAAACUUAACAAAUAAUAGUCGAUGAGCCAAAAGUAGGUCAGAGGUUUGUAAUUAUUUUCGAGAUCCCCACAAAUUAUUUUCAUAUUAGACAAGGCUUUGGCCUAAGUACAAAAGCCCAUCAGAUCCUUUUUUUAUCCGUGCAUCCUUGCAUUCUUUCUUGGCUUCAACCUACUUUUCGGCCUUCCUUUCUCUCUUGUUUCCUUCCUUAACUUAGGGUUGGUUUUGCAUUCAUUCUUGCAUCAUUUUUGCAUCGUUCCUUUGCUGAAACUUACUUCAUUCCCACCUGACUUCUUUCCUUCCUUUGCUUCAAUCUAUUUUUCUCCCCUUCCCCUCGUUCUCUCCUUUUGUUCCUUUUUUCCAUUCCCGGCCUUUCCCAAAGGCUUGCUUUUUAUUAUUCUUUUUUGCCAUUUUGCUGUCCUUUUAUUUAGCCCAGCUACUUGUUCUUCUACAACCUCAGACCAGAUUUUUUUUUCCUCCUUUCCUUCCAUCCAGGCUACCUUCCCAGUCAUUUAUUCCCUCAGGCCUUUGUUCCAUCAAAUUAUUUGCCAUCUUCUAAAGUACUUAAUUUAAAGUGUAUCCCUACUUAUGGCCCGCCUUGUAUACACAUUGUUCAUUUGUGCAGGUGUACCUAACAUUGUGGCUAGUUAAUGAAGCUACUAACAAUUAAGCUGCUGUCAUUAUGCUAAUAUAUACAUUUAAAAAAUAGAGCUUUCAAACAUCAGUAUUUAAUUGUUAAAAAGCAAAUCCUUGCAUAUGAUUAAAGAGUAACAAAGCUUUUCUUUUUCUUUUUUUUGCACAAUAUAAUGUUGGCCAAUUUUAGAAUGCAUUGUAGCCGUUUUGACUGCCAACAAAGCCACUUAUGUCAUUUUUGUGUACUUUUCUUUCGGCUUGUUUCACUUUUACUGGCCUCCCUGCAUUUCACGUGUCGGAUCAUUCAAAGAAUGAACACCGUGCAGCAGAACUAAUUAAGCCAAGGUUGAGCUAAAUUGCGUUUUGCAUGCUUUCUAUGCUCCAGAUAUGCCGCUGCUCCUCAAUCACUAACAUGAUGAAAUACUUUUAGAUUCAUUCACGCACGUGCAGAGCUGCAGUAUUCAUGUUGAAAACAUGGCGAGGUUUUGUUUUAAAUGGUUUGGAAAUAAACUAUCACGGUGUACAGUGUUAAGCGUUUUUUCCUGUCAUGGACAUGCACAAGUUGAGAGGUCUUGAUUUCAUUUUCUUCACCUGAGAUUUGAGUCGACAUUGACA